AUGGAGCCCACAGCUCACAGCCAGCUGGAGGCAUCUCCCCCUUCCAGCACGGAGACAGCCGAAGAGCUUGCCUUCAAGUUAAAUACUGCUGUAAGGCACAGUGAUACCAAACGUGUGCUGGAGCUGCUGGAGAAAGGGGCAGAUGUGAACUCCAAAGCAGAAGGUGGCUGGACACCACUGCAGAGCGCCGUGCAAGCUAAUGAGGAGGACUUGGUCCGGCUUCUGCUGGACAAAGGGGCUCAUCCACAUGCCAGGAAGGACAACGGUGGCACUGCAUUUACUGAGGCAGCAAUAGCAGGAAAUGUGAAGAUACUGGAGCUCCUCCUUGAACGUGGGUUAAAUAUUAAUGACCAUGAUGACAACGGCUUCACAGCUUUCAUGGAGGCUGCGUGGUAUGGGAAUGAGGAAGCCUUGAAAUUCCUGUAUAGCAAAGGAGCAAAUGUGAAUUUGAGGAGGGCAGUUAGUGAGGAGAAAGCGAAACUGCAUAAAGGAGGUGUGACAGCACUGAUGGAUGCUUGUAGGGAGGGCCACUUCUCGGCUGUAAAAACUCUUGUCCAAGAGAUGGGGGCUGAUGUGAACAUCUGUGACAACAAAGAUAGGAACGCCUUGAUCCACGCCCUCAAGAAGGGUUGUGACAAGGGAAGGUACGAGUCAGCUGUCUCCAUAGGCCGUUUCCUGUUGGAUCACGGUGUCGAUGUGAACAGCAAAGACGAAUGUGGGAAAACUGCCCUCAUCCUCACUGUUGAAAUGCAGAGCCCAGAUUUGGUGGAAGCUUUAUUGGAGAAGGGUGAAAUAGAUAUUGAUGAUGCAGAUGAGGAGGGCAACACAGCACUGAUGGUGGCUGUAGAGAAGAAUGAUCACAAUAUAGUGAAGUUGUUGUGUGAAAAAGGAGCAAGGACUGAUGUUGGGAACCUUAUUGCUGUUGCAAAUAGGAACCGUGCUCCUAACGUGGCGCGUCUCCUUCGCCAGUACAAUGCCAAGAUCAUUCCAGGAACCCUCAAAGACUGGGAGCCAAACAGCAAACGCUGGAGGGACCAGCUAAAAAAACUUUAUCAAAUAUAUCGCCCUAUGAUUGGCAAACUGAAGACAUUUCAAUACAUCCAGCAGAGAAUUCAGAACACUUCCCAGGGUGGCAUCUACCUGGGGCUCCAUGGUGGGACGGAGGUAGCAGUGAGAAUGAGCCGCAGCACAGAGGGUGAGAAAGAGAAAAGGUUCUUCGAGCAGUGUGGUAACUGUGAACACCUACUGAAGCUCUUCCAGUUUGAAAAGGCAAGAGGGUACAUGUACCUGUGCUUCCCCCUCUGGGAGAGAAACCUGGAAGAACACCUGCAGAAAACAGAAAACCAAACGGAUUGCAAAGAUGCUGUGAGGAUGAUCUUCCAGGCGGUGAGAGAGCUGCACUCCCUCGGAUUUGCUCACCAGGAUCUCCACCCCAGGAACUUUUUCAUAGAUUUAGGUGGCAAAAUCUACUUGGCGGACUUUGAUAAUAAAAGAAAGUUGAUUGAAGGCAAAAAAGAGCUUGUAAACUCAGAUUUAGAGGCCCUCAGCAGACUCGUGGUGUACGUUUUAACAGGGGGUAGGAAGCCCCUUCAGCUAGCCAGUGCCGAGGAUUUGGCUGCCGAUUCCCCAGAUUACGAGGAGGCUCUGGACCUUGUAGGUAGCCUGGUCUCUCAUGACAAACGAGGCUUGGAAGGUUUGAGCAAACAUCCCUAUUUCUGGAGCAAACAGAUCAGGUUCAAGUUCCUGAAGAGUAUAUGGAAUAAAAUCAAAGAUCUCCGCAACCGAAAAGCUGUCUUUCAAGUUCCUAAUGGUACUGAAAGUUUUCCUUAUCCAGAGUGGACCAAGCUGAUUGACAGAGAUGUUCUGAAUAUCAUGGAAAACCCUAGGAGAGGAAAACCAUUCAAAUAUAGCAACGAUGUCACUGACCUGCUGAGGCUCAUCAGAAACCUGGAUGAACACCCAGAUGUCAGGAUCAGCAACAAAAUUGGAGACCAUGCAGAGUAUUUCUUGGAGCGUUUCCCAGCACUUACCAUUUAUGCCUACAACAGUUUACGCCAGAAUCCCGAAUACAGUCACUUUGCAGACAUUGAGGACCCUUCUCUGUAG